AUGGGGAAGUUUGACGAGCACGAGAGGAUAAUCCUCAACGUCGGCGGCACGAGACACGAGACGUACAAGAGCACCCUGAAGACGCUCCCGGGCACGCGCCUGGCCCUGCUCGCCUCGGACUCGGACCUGGACUCGGUUCUGGAUCAGCUGCAACAAGUCCCGGGCUUCAUCGAGUACAACGCGCGCACCAACGAGUACUUCUUUGACCGCCACCCUGGCGUCUUCGCCUACGUGCUCAACUACUACCGCACCGGGAAGCUGCACUGCCCCGCGGACGUGUGCGGCCCGCUGUUCGAGGAGGAGCUGUCCUUUUGGGGCAUCGAUGAGACGGACGUGGAGCCGUGCUGCUGGAUGACGUACCGCCAGCACCGGGACGCGGAAGAGGCGCUGGACGUGUUCGAGCUGAACGUGGAUAACGGCGACGAGGACGACGACAUCGGGAAACGUCUGGGCAUCGAGGACGUGGCGGCGGACGGCAGCGUGAGCCAGUGGCGCAAGUGGCAGCCCGUCAUCUGGAACCUGUUCGAGGACCCGUACUCCUCCCGCGCGGCACGGUUCAUUGCGUUCGCCUCCCUCUUCUUCAUCCUGGUCUCCAUCACCACCUUCUGCCUGGAGACGCACGAAGCCUUCAACACCAUCAUCAACAAAACCGAACUGCUCCUCAACUCCAGCAUCCCCGACUCCGGGCCUCAGUACGAGAUCGAGACCGACCCGGCGCUGACCUACGUGGAGGGCGUCUGCGUCUUCUGGUUCACCAUCGAGUUCCUGGUCCGAGUCACGUUCUGCCCCUGCAAGCUGGAGUUUGUCAAAAACGCCUUGAACAUUAUCGAUUUUGUGGCGAUUUUACCGUUUUACUUGGAGGUGGGAUUAAGCGGAUUGUCGUCCAAAGCUGCUAAGGACGUGCUGGGUUUCCUCAGGGUGGUACGCUUUGUUCGUAUCCUUCGUAUUUUCAAGCUCACGCGCCAUUUUGUGGGCCUGCGGGUGUUGGGGCACACGUUACGAGCGAGCACAAAUGAAUUCUUGCUCCUUAUAAUCUUCCUGGCUCUCGGGGUGCUCAUUUUCGCCACCAUGAUCUACUACGCCGAGAGGAUAGGAGCCAAGCCCAACGACCCCACCGCCAGCGUGCACACCAAAUUCAAAAACAUUCCCAUUGGGUUCUGGUGGGCGGUCGUUACCAUGACGACGCUGGGUUACGGGGACAUGUACCCGGAGACGUGGUCGGGGAUGGUGGUGGGCGCGCUGUGUGCCUUGGCGGGCGUGUUGACGAUAGCCAUGCCCGUGCCCGUCAUCGUCAAUAACUUUGGGAUGUAUUAUUCGUUGGCGAUGGCGAAACAGAAGCUGCCGAAGAAACGUAAGAAGCACAUCCCCCAGGUGCAGGGCGGCUCCCCGUCCUACUGCAAAGCAGAACUCAACCUGAGCUGCAACAGCACCCAGGGAGACCUGUGCCACAUGAAGGGCAGCCGCAUCCUCGACUGCAACCGCUCAGUGCUGUCUGCAGACUGCAGCGGGGGCAGUGACCUCACCAUGUCCUCAGAGGAGAGAGACCCCAUGAGGCGCUCCAGUCCCCGAGAACAGGAACUGCGCGGGGGAACGUGCUUCCUGCUCGCCGCCAGGGACUACUGCCCCGCCGACGGAGGUCUGAGAAAGACAGACCACGAGAAGUCCCCCAGCCUCAGUAACAUCUCCUCAGGCCCGGCCCUGAGCCUGUCUCCCCGGACCUCCCCCUUCGGCUCGCCCCAUCACCGCUCACCCAUCCCCUCCAUCCUGCGAUAG